CAUUCUAAUCUUGUUUGGUCGACAUCAAAAUGUGCGAUGUGAAUAGUUUGAAGCAGAAAUGCCAACAGCAAGUGCAAGAAAUAACAACACUACUGUCUACCACAGCUGAAAGCGAUGCAGACCCCUUGAAAUUGAAUCAGGAUCUGCAGCGGCGUCUCGAACAGAUACGUCAACGUAUUCUGGAGCUGCAGCGGAUAGUCCGUGCUCGUUAUGAACGGAACGAGCAGAUACUUAUAAGCCGCCAGAAGACGCGAUCUUACAACGCACGAGUGGCGGGCAGCGAUGAAAUCGUCGGAAUGAGUGGAGCUGUGCUGCGCGGUGGAACGUUUCGAUUUAAGGGUAAUUUAUAUUUUCGCGAUGUAGAUGGACGAAGUUGUCCCAACAAUGAGGACUAUGAGCGGCGCUGCAGAAACGAAAUGUUUCCCACCGAUUUCGACAUGCACUCCAAGCACGUCUGGACGGUGAUGGACAAGAAAAACAUUGUAAUGGGUGUUAAGCAGCAGCUGUUGGAUCAUGCCGCCUACACAGCGACUGAAGUCCAAACCGUUGGCAAGAAGUGGCGCAAACGUAAAGCCAUCGAUCUGCAUGAGCAAUCGCUGGCUAAUUUGCUGAAAGUGGCCGACAGCAGCUUCAGCAUUGACUGGAACCAGAUCAGCACACUCGAUCUGGAGCAUCGUCAUUCGUCGUACAGCUGUGAGGCCAUGUGGCUUGUGUAUUUGCAGCCGCAAGUCAAGCGUGAAGAAUGGACUGCCAAGGAAGAUCAGAUUUUGCUGGUGGCCGCUAAGGACCACAAGAUGCAAAAUUGGGAAGCCAUUGCGGCUAAGGUGGACCGGCGAUCCGCCUAUCAGUGCUUUGUGCGCAUGCAGACAGCGCUGCGCUGUAAACUGGAGCCAACCAGCUCCAUGAAAUGGGGUCAGCAGGAUAGCGAACGUUUGCGGGCAAUUGUUUUAAAGAAUACGGUUAACGGCGUUGUUAACUGGUCUCAAGUGGCCGAGCAGUUUCCGAACAGAUCGCGAUCCACAUUAAUUGGUCGCUAUUUGUAUGUUCUGCAUCCCAGCAUCAGUCACGAACCCUUCACCCAAAAAGAGGAUGUGAUGCUGUUUGCUGCCGUUGAGGAAUACGAUGGCAAAUUUAAUUGCAUUCCACGAACGCUCUUCCCCAAUCGCUCGAUGGUCCAGCUGCGUACACGCUAUAACAAUGUGCUGGCGCAGCGUCAUAAGACUGAUUCGUGGUCGGUGAGUGAUGAUAUGAAACUGAUUGCUUUCGUUGAAGCACAUGGCACCGCGCAGUGGGUGAAUUGUGCCAAUCAUUUGGGCAAUCAUUCGCGCACCAGCUGUCGCACACGCUCUAUGGUCAUCCAGCGUUUUAUGGAGCAGCAUCCAGAUGCAACGGUGGCGGAUAUUCCACGUCGCAAGGUGCAUAAAAGUGCUUCCGUUACCGCCGACAAUUGGGAGCAAUGUCUCCAUCAAUGGCAAGCCGAUCCGGACUCAAUGCUCAAUAGCCCACCGGUCCAGAAGUCAAGAAGCAAGCAGUCAUUAAGUGACAAGGUCCUCACCACUUAUGAAUACUUCAAGUAUGCCUAUAAUCUCAAUCUACGAUCGCCAGCGGCCCCAAUACCACUGCCCCUCAACGAACGUAAUUUGCACACAGUAGCUAAUGCGCUGCGCUUCCAGCCACCCGCAAAUAAGGUCAAUAUGAUCCAAAGCGUUUGUCUGCCCAGUCAGCUGUGUAGCUUAUUUAACAAAAUGCUGUGUCAAUUGCCUGCGCGCGAAGUAAGUGAAUCGUCUACGCAAUUGCUGCCGCCGAAUUGGUCAACGAUGAUGGGCUUUCGGGCCAUAUGCAUAUUGUCAGGGCAAUGUAGCAAUGAUGCCGAUUCUGCGACCGCAUUGAAACCAGCGAUCAGCUACGAUGAAUCGCAACCAGCGGUUCAGUUGUUCCGGCAACGCUUACGGACUCUUUUCUAUCGCACUACUCAGCUGAGCCGACUGGACACAACGCUGUUCGAGGAGCUGCCGGCUGCAUUAAUGAAACUGCCACGUCCAACUGUAAGUGUCGACUUUGCAGAGACCAUACCGCUAAGGCAACGGUCGCCAGAGCAGGAGACUCAACCAAACACACACCAUAGUGGCCUGACUCCCGUAGAAGUAGCGCGCAAGCAAUUUGAAGAUUUGAAUCGGACGAAAUCUGAACCAACUGACCUUAAGGAGGAAAACCAAAUACACUCGGAUUAAAUUGUCCAGGGAUGAAUUAUUUCAUACAAUUAUUUAAAAAAUUAUUACUCAUGAAAUUCUCAUUAAUUUGUCAAUUGGAAACAUGACUGACAUUGGAGUCACUGUGUCUACAAGGUACAAGGUACAACACUUUGAUUUAAAUAAUUUUAAUAAUAACUAAUAUCGUUUUUAUGUACGUGUUUAUAUGUAUAUAAUAAUAAUAAUAAUAAGAAUAACUAACAAUACGGCGCAUUCCCAACAUUAUCGAUAGUCGUGUGGAAAUACCCCUUAUAUUUUAUAUACGUAUUUAUGCGGGGUAGAUUCUUUAGGUACUCACUAAGUUCAUAGCAAAAAAAAAUGCAAACUUCGUAAAUUGCAAGCAUUUUUCUUUUAGCAGGCUCUAGUUAAUCACGCUAUUAGCAGGAUUAAAUAGCUAUAAAUAUAUAUAUAUGUAUAUGUAUAAAUAUAUUUUAAUGGUGUAAA